AUGUCUACCCUGACAAUUAUCUACGGCCCCGGCCGCACAGUGGCGGUCAAGACCACGCCCACAAUGACGCUACAGGCAGUGCUCACGGACGCCUGCGCAAAAGUCCCCGGCUCCCCCGCGCCUGCCUCGCACAUCCUGACGUACAACGACAAGGCGCUGGACCUCUCGCUGCCACUCCGCUUCGCCAAUCUGCCGCAGGGGGUCAAGCUCACUCUGAAGCGAACAGCCAGCAAGCCGUCAGCUGCCGCUCCGCCAGUCAAGGUUGCGCUGCAGGUCAGCGACAGUGGCCGCGUUAUCGUCGAUGUGCCGGCGGCAACGACGCUCUGGGAAAUUGUGACACUCGUAGAGCAGCGGUCCAAUGGCGCCCUGAACCUGACAAGCCGGUUUAGAGUGCAGGAGCAGAAGGCUGGGUUGUUAAAGACCGUAUUUGGUGGCAGUCCCAAGGCUGCGCAGCAGGAGGGACUGAAGGUGUACCAGCAGCCAGUGCUGCUCAUUCUCAACAAGGAGAUCAGCGAUAUCCCGGAGAUGAAGACCACGUCGUUGCAAGCGCUUGGGUUCGCCAAAGGCAGCGUUAUGAUCCGCUUGUCAUUCAAGGACGCCGAUGUGUCGCUGGCGCCACCUGUCGCAAGCGUGCCGGUGCGCGCGCAGAGUGCUGGGACUGAGGAGUGCAGCCCGAUGAAUGGGUCGCCUGCGCCGAGGCUUCCGCCACGCACUGCCACCGAGCCCCCGAGAAGCACGCGGCCUGAAAGCCCACCUGCAGCCAAGGAGGGUAAGCAGCCCGAGCUGCCGCCCCGACAGCCACCCGCCCGGCAGCCCAACAUUGCCCCAACUGCUGCGGAUACCCCUAGAACGCACUCUGGGUAUUCCAGCGAUGUCAUUACCAAUCGCCAGGUGCAGGUCUUUGCAUCCCCCACACAGACCUCUGCACCGCUUGCUGCACGCUUCGUGGUGCCCGAUUCUUUCUACGAGCUCAAGGGCGCUGAGCUGCAGGGGCUUGUGUCUGCCCAGCGUAAGCGGCAGAUGGAAACCGAGGCUGGCUUCAAGCUGCGCUCGGUCGAAGAAGAGAAGGCACGCAGGCGGAUAGAAGAAUUCAAGCUCAAGCACCCAAAGACAAUGAUCCGGUUCCGCUUCCCUGAUCUGGUGCAGGUGCAGGCCGUAUUCCUGACCCUGGGUAAGGUUCAGGAGCUGUACGACUUCUUGGACGAGAUUCUCGAGCAGCCCAGCGCUGUGCAGGCGCUUGUGCUGCAGCCGCCUGUGCAGGACCUCAGGCCGAGCCAGAACAAGACCCUCUAUGAUGCCAAACUGACGCCUGCUGCGGUCGUCCAUGUCCGCCUCGUCAACAGCAAGGCACCGACAAUGCCGUUGCUCAAGCCCCACAUUGCCAGCCUCGCAGCCACCCUGGAUGUGCCCACCGAAGUUGAAGGUGCUGCGCAGUUGCCCACUGAAUCGCCGUCACCAACCAUGGCUGGCGAGGCAUCACGGGCUUCAUCGGUAGAGGCAGCGACCAAGAGCACCAAGAAGGUGCCGAAGUGGUUCAUGGCUGGCAAAAAGUAG